GUCUGAGGCGGAAGUGGAUGGGCGGGGCAGUCGUUCGCCCCGCCCCGGAAGUGGGCGGGCCUCAGCGGGCCCCACAGUCGUCCCGGCCGCCUCCCAGUCGGGUUGCGGCCGAGGCCGGUCCUGGCUUUGUAGCUCGCUCAAGAUGGCGGCGCAGCCACCCAGCGGGAUCCGCCUCAGCGCGCUUUGCCCGAAGUUUUUACAUACAAAUUCUACUAGUCACACUUGGCCAUUCAGUGCAGUUGCUGAAUUAAUAGAUAAUGCUUAUGAUCCUGAUGUGAAUGCUAAACAGAUAUGGAUUGACAAAACAGUGAUAAAUGACCAUAUAUGCUUGACAUUCACUGAUAAUGGGAAUGGUAUGACUUCAGAUAAGUUACAUAAAAUGCUAAGCUUUGGCUUCAGUGACAAAGUCACCAUGAAUGGUCAUGUCCCAGUUGGAUUGUAUGGGAAUGGCUUCAAGUCAGGUUCUAUGCGUUUGGGUAGAGAUGCAAUUGUGUUUACCAAAAAUGGAGAAAGCAUGAGCGUGGGCUUCUUGUCUCAGACCUACUUGGAAGUCAUAAAAGCAGAACAUGUUGUUGUCCCAAUAGUGGCGUUCAACAAACACCGACAGAUGAUAAAUUUAGCAGAAUCAAAAGCAAGCCUUGCAGCAAUUCUGGAACAUUCUCUGUUUUCUACGGAACAGAAAUUACUGGCGGAACUUGAUGCUAUUAUGGGCAAAAAGGGGACGAGGAUCAUCAUUUGGAACCUUAGAAGCUACAAAAAUGCAACAGAGUUUGAUUUUGAUAAGGAUAAAUAUGACAUCAGAAUUCCUGAAGAUUUAGAUGAGACAACAGGGAAGAAAGGGUACAAGAAGCAAGAGAGGAUGGACCAAAUUGCUCCUGAGAGUGACUAUUCCCUCAGGGCUUACUGCAGUAUAUUAUACCUAAAGCCAAGAAUGCAGAUCAUCUUACGUGGACAGAAAGUGAAGACACAGCUGGUCUCAAAGAGUCUUGCCUACAUUGAACGUGAUGUUUAUCGACCCAAAUUUUUAACUAAAACAGUGAGAAUUACUUUUGGAUUCAACUGCAGAAAUAAAGACCAUUAUGGGAUAAUGAUGUAUCACAGAAAUAGACUCAUCAAAGCUUAUGAAAAAGUUGGAUGUCAGUUAAGGGCGAACAAUAUGGGUGUUGGAGUAGUAGGAAUUAUAGAGUGUAACUUCCUAAAGCCAACUCAUAAUAAACAAGAUUUUGACUAUACUAAUGAGUACAGGCUGACAAUAGCAGCGUUAGGAGAAAAGCUGAAUGAUUACUGGAAUGAAAUGAAAGUGAAGAAAAAUGCAGAAUAUCCUCUAAAUUUGCCAGUUGAGGAUAUUCAGAAACGUCCCGAUCAGACAUGGGUUCAAUGUGAUUCCUGUCUAAAAUGGCGAAAAUUACCAGAUGGAAUAGAUCAACUUCCAGAAAAAUGGUAUUGCUCCAAUAACCCUGACCCACAGUUCAGAAAUUGUGAUGUUCCAGAAGAACCUGAAGAUGAGGAUUUGGUGCAUCCAACUUACGAAAAAACCUACAAAAAGAAAGAUAAGGAGAAAUUCAGGAUCAGACAACCGGAAAUGAUCCCUCGGAUUAAUGCUGAACUUUUGUUUCGGACACCCCCCGUAUCAGGUCAAAGCUUUUCUCCUGUGAAGGAAAGUGUUCCAAGAGGACAUCUUUCAGAAGUGGCAAAUACUUACGCAACAAGACUCAUAAAUAAUCACCGAGGUUCACCCCAGUCUGAACCUGAGAGCAACAACCUGAAACGGAGACUUUCUACUCGUUCAUCGAUUUUGAAUGCAAAGACGCGGAGACUGAGUAAUCAAGCAUUUGAAAAUUCAGCUUACAAAGAUGAUGAUGAUGAAGACGUCAUCAUCUUAGAAGAGAACAGUACUCCCAAACCUGCAGUAGAUCAUGACAUUGAAGUGAAAUCAGAGCAGAGUCACAUCGAGCAAAGUGGUCAUCAGGUCGAGCCUGUGGCUGAUAAGGAACCUUGUGCCCAGACUGGUUCAUCGGGCAUCUCAUCAUCCAGGUGUGAUCAGGGAACUACUGCGGCCACCCAGACAGAAGUACCGAGUGUAGUUAUUAAAAAGGAAGAAGCACUCGAAGAUGAGAUAGACGCACGAAAUGACGCAGCUAUGCCGCCAGCCUGUGUGGAGGCUGAAGGGAAGACACAAGAAACCCAGGAAACCUUUGAUAAAUCUGCGGGUGAUGCUAGUUGCCAGUUAAAUGAACUGAGAAAUGAGCUGCUUCUAGUUACCCAAGAAAAAGAAAAUUAUAAAAGACAGUGUAAUGUGUUUACUGACCAAAUCAAAGUGUUACAGCAGAGGAUACUGGAAAUGAACGACAAGUACGUGAAGAAGGAAACUUGCCAUCAGUCUACGGAAACUGAUGCUGUAUUUUUGCUUGAAAGUAUUAAUGGAAAAUCUGAAAGUCCGGACCAUGUGGUAUCUCAGUAUCGGCAAGCUUUGGAGGAAAUAGAAAGGCUGAAAAAACAGUGUAGUGCUUUGCAACACGUGAAGGCCGAAUGCAGUCAGUGUGCCAGUAGUGAGAGCAGAAGUGAAGUGGACGAAAUGGUUGUGCAGCUUGAUGACGUGUUUAGACAGUUGGACAAGUGCACUGUAGAGAGGGACCAGUACAAAAGUGAGGUUGAAUUAUUGGAAAUGGAAAAAUCACAAAUCCGUUCACAAUGUGAAGAACUGAAAACUGAAAUUGAACAAUUAAAAUCUACACAUCAACAGUUAGCAGAUGUUUCAACUUCAAGUAACAUUGAGGAGUCUGUAAAUUACACUGAUGGGGAAAGCCUCAAACUUCGAUCUCUCCGAGUUAACGUAGGACAGCUGUUGGCCAUGAUUGUACCUGAUCUCGAUCUUCAGCAAGUGAAUUAUGACGUUGAUGUGGUUGAUGAAAUUUUAGGACAAGUUGUCGAACAAAUGAGUGAAAUCAGUAGUACUUAAAGUCUAUAUUUGAUGUGAGACAAUAAAUAUAUUUGCUCAGUCCUGUGGUUGUAUAGCUUUCAGAGUGGAAACACUUUUGUUUUAUAGAUAUGACAGGUGACAGACGGAAGAACCAUGAUCUUUACUGUAUUCUAUGCAUUCAGGUGUGCUCACAAGUACUGUGGGCACACUUACCACAGCUUUUGAAAUGCCUGAGAAUCAUUCUUACAGAACGGCUGAACAGCUCACUCAUGAUUCUGUUUUGAAGUGUAAAUACUUGUAAUUAAGUCUGCACAUAUUUUUUUAUUACCCUAGAGGACGUAAGUGUUUUCCACCGAGAGCUUUUCAGGUUGCCCCUAACCUUUGUGCAAUUUUUUCUGGUUCCCAAAGUGUAUUUUUCUCCGAAGUGAGGGCCAUGCCAUAAUACAAAUGGAAAUGUUACCUUUGAUUUUCCUACAGAAAAGUUUAAACAGGAUUUUUAAAAAAUGGAAUUACGCUCCUGAUAAGGUGUAAGUGAAUUGAACAUUAAUGUUUCUUUUCUAUAAAUUCUUAUCUCCUGAAAUAUUUUAUUCAUGGAAAUAAGGUAAGCAGAAACUGUCCAUCCAUUUUGUCAGGAUUUUUCUUGUGCUGAGAUUGCCAAUCAUGGUUAAAUGCAGUGUUUUUAUAGAACAAAGAAACAAUCUUUAGUAUAAAAAAGCAUCAAAAAUAUUAAAUGUCCCACCACAUUUACUUUGAAGCCCAUUUUUGGCUGCUUAGUCAGCAUGGAGUGGGCACAGUAAUUGUUUAAUAUUUCUUUUUGUGAAAUUUCCUGUACAGCCUUUUGUAGGAUUACUACAGGUUAAUGAGAGUUGAGGAAGACAGUCUUUCUCAAACAGUACAGCAUACCUUUCAUUAUAUUACAGAGUUAAGUGUUUUAUGUCCUGGAGGUAAGCAGCAAACUGCCCUAGGAUUAUAGUAUUACAUGCCAUAAAAAUUAUGCUUUAUUGGUCCCUUCUUUGUGCAAUUUUAAAGAGAUGGCUUUCUAUUAAGUAUAACUAUGUAUAUAUAACUAAGAAUCGUAUUUUCCACAACUGAAAUGUGCAUUAUUUUUUUUCAAAGUUUUAUCAUUGCUUAUUUAUUUUUACUUUUGUUUCUGAACAUUCAAUACAUGUUUCUUUUCUAUGUAUGCUUAAUUACAUGUCUUUCAUAUACAAUAAUAAAUUUUUACUGUACAUUAACUUCUAGAAAAGGCAAAUAAAUGAAGGUUGUUUUUAUUUGCUUGAUAAAAUAAUUGAAAGUGUAUUUUUGGUAUGAAGCUGGUUUUCUGUCCUGAUUGUAUCUGCUCAAAUUUUAAAAUAUCUUGUAAUAAAAUAAAAAUAUAUAUGAUGGCUAACUCUUCAGAUACUACUUUUAAAGAAUUCUAUAUUCAGAUUAUAUUUUGGAAACAAACUGUCCAUUGAAGACCCUCAAGUUGAGCUCAUUUUAAAAUCUCUAUUAAUUACAAGUCCUGUUUAGGAGACCGAGAGUGUUUCCAUUAACACUCUAAAAACUGAGCUCAUCUUGAGAGAGUGCGUGCGUGUGUCCAUGUAUUUUACAUUCAAGAAGAGACUCUUUCUGUAAAUCGUUUAGCCGAAAGAAACCUUGCUUAAAUGAUA